GAAGGGUAUUACCGACUAAAUGCCUCACCCAGACACUUGACUUUGAUAAUCUAAAUGCUGUCCACACACCAACUCAGCCGAUCACACCUGCUGGCCCGCUGCUGGAGUUAGUCUGGAGCGGUGACGCGGCGCGGAGUGUGUUAACGAGUGUGUUUGUUGAGGCGUGUGUUUGGGGCAAGAGGAGAGAGAAGAGCAGUGAUUUCGAAGAACGGACUGCCCCCCCUCACUCCGCCAUCAUGGUCAAGAGUCUUAGGGAGAGUCGGGAGGUGCUUUCUGAGGCCUCCCAAACCUCCUCCUCCUCCUCCUCCUCCUCCUUGAGUGUCGGAGGUGGUGGGUUACGAAUCAACCGUCGACUGGCCCUCAUCUUCACGGGCCUGUUCGUGUGCUCGGCUGUGGCUGCGGCGGUGCUGGUGGUCACUAUCUCACCGCACCAACAAGAGCAACAACAACAACCACCACAACAACAACAACCGCAACCACAACAAGAGCAGCACCAAGAACCACAAGUACAACAACAGCCGCUGCACUUGCCACAGAUACAGCGGGAGAAUAUGCAGAUGAGAGACCACUCCGUUCACAUAAGAUCCCUUCCUCCAUCCUCCUCUCCCGCUCCUCCUCCUCCUCCACCUCCUCCAACCACCACUCCUCCACCUCCUCCUCCACCUCCUCCAACCACCACUCCUCCACCUCCUCCUCCUCCUACCUCUCCUCCUGCUAAACAUACCGCCGCCACACGGAAGGCCAGAGUCAACCGCCUGCCCACCGCCCUCAGCCCCACCCACUACUACGUCCAACUUCAGCCUUUCAUCGAUGGGAACUUCAGCAUCAUCGGCCACGUGGAUGUAGAGUUCGAAGUCUUGGAAGCAACCUCAAACUUCACCUUCAACAUCCUGGACAUCGUGACGCAUAAUGAAACAGUGAAGGUGGUAUCUACUGACGCCUCCGCCACCGAGUUCAGCAUCACCCAGCAUCUAUACAAUCACGAGGACCAGACAUACACGGCGGUCCUGGCUGGGGCUCUCGAGGUGGGCACGACGUACAAGCUCUCCAUGGACUUCGAGGGCUACCUGAACGACCAACUGGCUGGCUUCUACCGCUCCUCCUACACGGAUAAGGAUGGGAAUACAAAGUUCCUGGCGGUGACCCAGUUCGAAGCCGCGGAUGCCCGACGAGCCUUCCCCUGCUUCGACGAGCCCGCCAUGAAGGCCACUUUCGACGUGCGCCUCGCAAGGGAGGAAGCCACAAAGACCUCGAUCUCCAACAUGCCGCUCAGCGACACCAUCCCCGUCGAGGGCCAGGACGGCUGGGUGUGGGACAUCUUCAACACCACGGUGCCCAUGUCCACCUACCUCGUCGCCUUCGUCGUGUCCGAUUUUACCUAUGUCGAGUCUAACGCCAACGACCACGUGCGCUUCCGAAUUUGGGCGCGCGAGGAUGCCAUCAACCAGACAGCCUACGCCCUCAACGCCGGCCCCCACGUGCUCACCUUCUACGAGGACUACUUCAGCACGCCCUUCCCGCUCCCCAAGCAGGACAUGAUUGCCAUCCCGGACUUCUCGGCGGGCGCCAUGGAGAACUGGGGCCUCAUCACCUACCGGGAGUCCGCCCUGCUCUUCGACCCCGCGGUGUCCUCGGCGGAUUACAAGGACAGGGUGGCGGAGGUGGUGGCGCACGAGUUGGCGCACCAGUGGUUCGGUAAUUUGGUGACCCUCAAGUGGUGGAACGACCUCUGGCUGAACGAGGGCUUCGCCACCUUCGUCUCCUACCUCGGCCUUAAUGACCUGGAGCCCACGUGGCGGGUUUCAGAGCGGUUCAUCACCGUGGACCUGCAGUACGUGAUGGAGCUGGACAGCCUCGAGUCGUCCCACCCCAUCAGCCAAGAGGUCAGCACACCGGACGAAAUCAACGAGCUCUUCGACGGCAUCUCCUACUCCAAGGGCGCCUCCAUUAUCCGGAUGAUGUUCUACUUCCUCACGCCCGAGAACUUCAGGACGGGCAUCACCAACUACCUCCAGGAAUACAAAUAUACCAACGCCGAGCAAGACGACCUGUGGAACUCCCUGACGCAGGUCGUGGAGGGGACGGGUCUCCUGCCGCAGGACGUCACCGUCAAGACCAUCAUGGACACGUGGACGCUGCAGAUGGGCUUCCCAGUGAUCAAGGUGGUGAGGGACGCUGCAGGGACCACCGCCACUGUGACCCAGGAGCGGUUCUUGCAGGUGAAGUCUCCGAACUCGACCGACACCCACGACUACAGCUGGUGGGUGCCGCUGACCUACACGUCGCAGGACAACCCCGACUUCAUCGACACGCAGACCAGGAGGUGGAUGGCCGACACGGAGAAAGAGAUCACCGUGUCAGACCUUCCCGCCAGCGACCAGUGGGUGAUCUUCAACGUACAGGAGAGGAGCUACUACAAGGUGAACUACGAUGAUGCUAACUGGAACCUGUUGUCGGCCCAGUUGAUGAGUGACCCUUCAGCCAUCGACAUACUCAACAGGGCGCAGCUACUGGACGAUGCUCUGGAUCUGGCUAGCGCAGGUCAGCUCUCCUACGACUUAGCGCUGAACCUCAACUCGUACCUGGAGAAGGAGGAGGAGUACUACCCGUGGUCUGCAGCCCUCGACAACAUGGGCUACAUCGAGGAAAUGUUCACACGCACUGGUGGCUACGGGAAUCUCAGGACGUACUUGCUGUCCCUCCUGGAGCCGCUCUACCAAAGUGUGGGCUUCCAGGGUGACGAGAAUGACGAGCAAUUGGUGCAUUAUAAGAGGAGUCUCGCCCUCAAGUGGACCUGUAACCUGGACUACGAAGACUGCGUGACCAACUCCGUCUCGCAGUACGACGCAUGGAUGACGAGCGGCACGGCCGUGAACCCCAACCUCCGCUCCACCGUCUACUGCACGGGCAUCGCGGAGGGCGGCGAGGAGGCGUGGAACUUCGGGUGGCAGCAGUACCUGGCGACCAACGUGGGCAGCGAGAAGGAGAGGCUGCUCACCACCCUGGGCUGCGCCAAGGAGGUGUGGAUCCUCUCCAGGUACCUCGACAUGGCGUUCACGGAAGACAGCGGCAUCCGGAAGCAGGACGCCUCCAGAGUGUUCAGCGCCGUGGCCAGGAACGACAUCGGACGUGACCUCGCCUGGAACUACCUGAGGGACCAGUGGGAGGUCAUCGCCAACUACUUCGGUUCCUUCACCACGCUGGGCGACCUGGUCAGGACCGUGUCAGAGGAGUUCAACACACAGGAGGAGAAGCACCAGCUGGAGCUGUUCCGGGACGAUCAUUUGGAGCAGCUGGGGACGGCCAAGCGCGCCAUCGACCAAGCAAUCGAGCAGACCGCCAACAACAUAGCCUGGAUGGAGGCCUACUACGAUACCAUUCUCGAGUGGCUUCAGAAUCACCGUUAAAACCUUCUAGUCCGACCUGAAUGGCUAUAAAAGAGGGUAGAGUAACAGAUGGGAGGGUUUGACGUGUGUAUGAGUGAGUGUUUGUGUGUUAGUGGGUGAGGGGGAGACUGGGCUUCAAAACCACCUCAAUUCUUCUAGUUUUACCCGAAUAGCUAGAUGGAAAGAUGGAUGGAUGAGAGAACAAUGAUGGUGUGCGUGUUGACGUGUGUAUGGGGGAAGAGAAUAAGGGACGCCAACUAUACCUUUCUAGACAGACUUUCAAACUACCUCAAUCCCUCUAGUUUAACCUGAAUAGCUAGACGGAGAGAAGGAUGGAUGAGAAGAUAACGACGUAGAUGUGUGUUUAUGUCUAUUGGGGGAGAAAAUUAAUAAGGGACGCCAACUAUACCUUCCUAGACAGACUUUUAAACUACCUCAAUCCCACUAGUUUGAUCUAAAUAGCUAGAGGAAUAGGAGGAUGGAUGAGAGGAUACCGACCUAGAUGUGUGUUUAUGUCUAUUGGGAGAGAAAAUGAGGGACGCGAACUAUACCUUCUUAGACAGACUUCCAAACCACCUCAAUCCCUCUAGUUUAACCUGAAUAGCUAGACGGACAGAAGGAUGGAUGAGAAGAUAACGACGUAGAUGUGUGUUUAUGUCUUUUGGGAGAGAAAAUGAGGGAUGCCAAUUAUACCUUCCUAGACAGACUUCCAUACCACUUCAAUCCCUCUAGUUUAAUCUAAAUAGCUAGAGGGAUAGGAGGAUGGAUGAGAGGAUACCGACGAGUGUGAGUGAGCAUGCGAGGGUGUACGUGAGUGUGAGGAGAAUGCGGGAGGUGUUUUGAUGAAGGGGGAUGAAGGUACUGGUGAGGUGGCGGUGGGUGAUGACUCCCAAGAAACCUCAUAUAUAGGUUUAGUGGUUCAUGUACAAACGUUCUGGUGCAAAUUCAAAUGAUUCGCGCGUCUCGACCACGGUGCAAUAAAGUGUUCAUUGUGCUC